AUGUCGCCCACAAACGAGGUGGUCGGGAAAGCCUCUUACAGUUCGAAAAGUGGUUUACAUGUCCAGUUCCAUCACAGCACGAGCAACGGAGUUGUGCACAGCCCGGGCGAGAAGGCGCCCUCCUACAUCUCCACCAACUCCGGGAGCUCCUCGAGUUCGUACGAGGACGACUCCUCCUCGGGCCAGUACUCCGAGACGAGAGCCCCCGACGGUGGUUGGGGCUGGGUAGUCGUCUUCGCCGCUUUUAUGGUGAACCUGAUCGCGGACGGUAUUACGUUUUCGUUCGGCGUCAUCUUCGUAGAGUUCCUCCACUACUUCGGCGAAGGGAAGAGCAAGACGGCAUGGAUAGGCUCGUUGUUCAUGGCCAUGCCUUUAUUGUCAGGUCCGGUCGCCAGUUUCCUGACGGACAGAUACGGUUGCAGGAGGGUGACCAUCGCCGGGGGAGUUUUAUCCGCUGCCGGGUUUAUAGUGUCGUCUUUCACGAAUUCCAUCAACCUUCUUAUCCUCACUUUUGGUAUCAUCGCGGGCUUCGGCCUGUCUCUCUGUUAUGUCGCGGCCGUCGUCAUAGUCGCUUACUACUUCGACAAGAGAAGGUCCUUCGCAACCGGUCUUUCGGUGUGUGGCAGCGGUAUCGGUACCUUCGUGUUCGCGCCAGUCACCCAGUUCCUGCUAGCCGAGUACGGCUGGAGAGGUACCACCCUGAUACUCUCCGGCCUGUUCCUCAAUCUCUGCGUCUGUGGUAUGCUGAUGCGUGACCUCAAGUGGACACCCGGCAGACCCAAGGGCAAGGAUAUCGGAAAAAGGAAAAGAAAGCUCCGCCUCAACACCAACUGCAGCGCCGACUCCUCCUCUGCCCACAACUCUACUCAGCAGACGCCUACAUCUUGUCCCAGCAGCGGAGAACUCAGGAGACUGCUGCAGAGGCCAGGUAGGCAUCAACUCCAUCAGUUUUACAGAAUCUCUUUGUAUAUAAAUAUAAGCAUGGCGUUCCGAAAGAUAUAGGUUCAAAAGCGAUUUUUUUAUUUAGAAGCUAUAUGUGGUACCAAAACAGCUUUUAUAAGUAAAUAAUAACAGAUUACCACGCUUAAUUACGUAUUGUCAUCGUUUUAUUAUUUAAAAAUAAUUUAAAAUGUUUUAAUUUUCACUGAUGGUCCUGUAAUACAAAAAAAAUUACAUGGAAUGGGGAUACUAUAAAACACUUCGUCAAGUUAUGUUUGAACUAAACAGUAUUUUCACAACGUGAAAGUACGAUGUACAAAACGGAUUAAACGCUGUUGCGUCUUUGUUUACAUAACAUCAUUACUUUGUCGUUUCGUUACAUCGAAGUACCUAAAACUCCUGUAUAUAUGUUCCGUAAAUGUUUACAGCAGAAGAAGUUUUGGAUUAAUUGUUGCUAGAUCUAAUAAAAUAUUAUUAACGGAAAUGUCAUCGUAUUGACUAAAAACUUGUAAUAAGCCAUUUGUUGUUGUGUGUUUAAAAUGUAUCAUUUGAGAUGAUAGAUUUGAAAUGAAAAUGGGAUUCCGGAAAUUGGUCACGUUUUGUGUUACAAAGAACUGCACACUACACUUCGAGAAUUGGAAUGCAACCUCUUCUCCAGGUGUAAACAAACACAAAUCAAUAUAUGUCGAUGACCUUGUCUAACUUAAAAACAUUUACAGCAGAAGAAAGUUGUACAUAAAACAAUGAAGCAUGUAACUUCAUAGUUGAUUCUUAGCUGAGGGCCUCUUGUGGGGUUUGAGCUAUCCAUAUGUUGUGUGUGGUGCGCUUGUAUCGUGCACGUGCAGUCCACGGUUUGACAUUGAUUCUUAGCUGAGGGCCUCUCGUGGGUUUGAGCUAUCCAUAUGUUGUGUGUGGUGCGCUUGUAUCGUGCACGUGCAGUCCACGGUUUGACAUUGAUUCUUAGCUGAGGGCCUCUCGUGGGGUUUGUACAUAAAACAAUGAAGCAUGUAACUUCAUAGUUGAUUCUUAGCUGAGGCCUCCUCUUGUGGGGUUUGAGCUAUCCAUAUGUUGUGUGUGGUGCG